UAUGGACACGGAGGAAUGAAACAUGGUGGAGGAGGCGAACAUGGAGGACCGAGGACUGAGAGCUGCGCUACUGUUUUUCUGCGAGGUUUAAGAAGUAGAAGAAGAGGAGGAAACGUGGAUGUACUUCAAGAGGGACGUUUUCGGCGGACAACCUCGGUGGAAACUUUUGUUUUUGCGUCAACUUUUUUUGCGCCGACAAGUGCGUCGAGGUAGAGUUUGUUGUAAUGCAGUGAAGAGCGACUUUUUCGGGGGGACAAAACGCAGGGCAGGGGGCUUCAGCCCUCUCACCAUCCCGACGCUAUGCCGUGGGUCAGCGGCGGAAAGCGGAGAGAGAGCUCGGAGCUGCCGCUGCCCGCGGGCUGGGAGGAAGCCCGGGAUUACGAUGGCAGAGUGUUUUUUAUCGACCACAACACCCGGCAAACUUCAUGGAUUGACCCCAGAGAUAGGUAUGCUGAAGGCCUGCGAGUACUGGGAUUACACACAUUUACUGAUAUAAAGUCAUUUUAAUUCAACAGGUCCUUCUCACUGACGAGACCAGGAGGAGAUGUCAGCAGGGUGGGGGCAGGUUUGUUUUGUUUUUAGGGGCCAUGGCACUAAGUUCCCCUCCUGAUUCCCUUUAAUAUGACUCAAAGUUGCGGUGGAUUUGGUCUCCAGCACCGAUGAAUCAGAUUGGUGCAGAUUUGGCAGUAGUUUAUGGCCUCUUUAAGAAGUUCCCAUGCAAACACGGGAUGUAACGCCCAUGGUCCCCUACUGUGCAGCCGCUCACAUUAAUACUUGAUUAUGUCUCUUUUAGAUGUCUGACAGGUCUGUGACAUGCAGCAGAUGGAUCUUUCUGGUUUGCCUUCUUGAACAGCAGACAGUAUUGUCAGUCUAGUCACCUGAGUUUUUAUGAAUCUGUCUCCACAAACCAGAAUCAUCAGACUCAUCAGUAGCUCAUUUAUGACUCCCACUGACCUGAAACAUUCCUGCUUCAGCACAGUGAGCUAUUGUUACCAGCUGCUCUUCCUUUCCAUGCAACUCUGAGGUCUUUAAAGUUGUAUUUCAACCUAAGAUGACUCACAAUCUGUGUUUCACUUGAUUUGAGAAUGCAACUUAGUAUUACUUGAGUUUAAAACUCCAACUCCCAGAGAUCUUUGUGAAAAAAUGUGAGGAAUGCUAGUUGGGCCACUGGGAAAGCUGCAAGGAUGUGCUUUUGUGGGGACUGGGAUUUCAGCAGCCCAGAAACAGGCUCAAUCAGGCAUUCAAAGCAGACUUUGCGAGAUUACUGGGAAUUAUAGCAAGUAUUUUAACUCUGCUGCAUUAUGAGGGAAAAGACCUGACAAAAACAACUCCCGUCUCUUUCUGUUCAACAUUUUUCAAAGUAGAUUUCUUGCAGCUGAUUUCAACAGUGGGAAUGUAGUAGCUGCAUGUAAUCUAGAUAAGAAAAACCUGAUUUCCUUGAAGAACCCUCCUCCCCCUUUCCAAGUUGAUUAAGCAUUGUUGUGUGCAGCUGAUAGCAGUUUCUCAACAUCUCAUAAUCGCCAGCAUUUGAGCCCUGCUGUUUUUUUUUCCUUUUGCAUGACUAAAGAAUGUUUUCGGCAUUUGUUCUGGUGCUGCUCAGUGAUUUAUAGGUUAUCUCGGCCAGAGGAAUGUCCUCUGUCACCACCUGAUACUGACUUUUCAAUAAAUCACUUCACUAUACAGGCCCUAAAGCUGACUUUCUGCUAAUGUGCAACAGAUACAAAAAGGUGUCAGCUAUUCGUUUUGUGUCAGCCGCGCUUAAAAAUGUCGUCCUGUCCAUCAGCUGCAGAUAAAAGGACUGUGAUGCAUGGUGGAGCUGAAGGAGAGUAACACAGCGAUGAUAAGAGUUUUCCCUGAGUUUGACAGCUGCUCUGUUCAAGUACUGCCACAAUCAAAGGCUGAUGGUUUAAAGAUUUGGUAUCUACCAUGUUUUAUUAUUGGAUGCCUUCAUCAUUUUGACUAGCAGGCAUAAACUGAGUGUGAAAACAGGAGUGAGUGCACGAACCAGAGAGUUGAUGUGAUCUGGAUCAGAUUAUUUAGAUGAGGAAUCAGAAAAAUGAACCGAAUGCUGUUUGACUGUAAGCUGUGAUAUUCAGAUACCAGACUGUGAGGAGGAAGUGCAUAUUCUUACUUUACCUCAAGUAUUUCUUAACGUAACACCACCCAUUAUAAUAAUGCUGAUGUUAGUAUUGUUUGAAAGCUCCACCACCUUUUUGAUCGACAUAUUAUUAGCUGAUACUAACUUGGUUUGUUGAGCUGAUUUUGGACACUGAGAAGUUUUUCUCUAGUUUUAAACCAGAGUUAAACUUACAAUGUUGCAGCUACAAAAGCAAACAAAUCCAUCAGCAAAUAGAUAAUUUAUUUUAAUUUCUGAUGUCUGAAACCACCAAGAGGGGGUCGGUGUUAGACCAGAUGACUGAAAGGUUAGCCUUUCUUAACAUAUUGGCAGUGAGUGACACAUUCAAAAAAAAGCUGAAUAAGAUUUUUUUUUGUUAGAAAUGACGACUUUGGCAUGCAGUGAGUAAGACCUUCAAAGCUAUUAAUAUCAUUCCUACUAGGCACAAACGGCGAGUUCCUCACAGGAGCUUUAAUUUGUCUGUCUAUUAUAUGAUCCGUACCUAUCAGAAAUAAACUACUGGAGCUGCUGCCAUUUAUUGGAAUUUAAGCUAUUAGUUAAUUGUUUUUUUUCUAAGAAAAGCUUAAAGAUCCUCAUAUAGGGGUGGAAACAACAAGGUGACUAACUGUGCACAUCCUGAUAAUAAUGGCCCACCAUAACAAUGAAAUCUGCAAUUUUAGGAUAAAUUGUAAGACAGUCCUGAAGGGGGUGCACUAUAAAAAGUUUUUACUAAUAUGCUGAAAAUUUCUUCCUCAUUUUGGCUGGCCAAACUUAGCACAAUAAUAGCCAAUAACAGAAGCUUGUGUCUUUCAUAGUGCUAAAAGACUGGUUAUCAGGAGAAGAGAAGUGGUUUUCUAGUUAAGCUCCUUUACUUUCGGUGGUUUCUGCUUAUUCAGUUUUGUUGAGUGACUGAGGUAGAGGUUGCCGGCAGUGGAGUUGACGCAUCCUCAUUCAGACAUUUUACAAACUCUCAGUGCUUUAGGAUGACUUCUUAUGCUGCACCACUAAACUGGUCACAUGAUAGAGUGAUUUUUUUGCUCUUGUUACCAAUCACCGCCCCUACACAACCUUUGCAAACAGCUAUUGUGCUUUACAUUAUAGUACUUCCAUGCAUUGACCAAAUUUUAUCCCUUGGGAUAAAUAAAGUAUUGUGAUCCUGAUUCUGAUAUUUUGUUCCAAAAUUUGAAAUGUUCAAUGUUGAAUUUGAUAUUGGGCUUCAUGAUGUCCUCAUUAUCAGAACAGGAUCUUGCACAAUAAACAAAACCCCCAAAUUAUAUGUAUUGAAAUAACUCCAUGUGUAUAUUUUAUUUAGGCUAUGCUCCCUCAGUCAGCAUGCAUACAUGUCAAUAAUGGGAUGGUGAUUUGGGUAUAAUGGACAUACUUGAACACAGUCAUAUGCUCUUUAAGGCACAAUUUCUUUUACCGUUAUUCUUUUUGCAGACUAGGGAUGUGUGCAUUUAGUUGAUGAGACAAUUGCUUUUGCCAUGGUGUUGGGCGGCAGCAUUACGAGUAGGUUAUAUGGACUAUUAACAUAUUCGUUUUUUAAAGCCUAAAUUGGCAGUAACAUGUUGUGUCUAAACUGUGCAGCCACCUUCCAAUAACCAGGGCUGUUUCUGUGGUUAAUGACUUUUACCAUAAUCCCAUCAUGCUGCUACCCAGAUGUAAACAAUCACAGAUGCUAGAUAGCAUUUUAUAGCAAUAUGUGGUUUGUCAGUGUUUUGAUCAAGAAAUUGUAUGUAGGCUGUAUCUGGUCACUCUGACGUAUAACCAUUCAACCAGAGCAAUCCACAACCAGCACAGGUAUGUGAACUUUAACCUGCAAGGAAGACUUAAGACUGGUGGUGCAAGCUCUGCUAAUGUUAGGCACACGCACCAAACCAAUAUGACCAAUAUGUUUUACCUUCAAAUUUAAAUUUCUAUUUUUAUUGAAACGACUCACCUAUUGAAAGGCAGAAAGGGUGUACUACCUCUACACAGGUGUGGCAUGAGCACUGUGCAUGUGGGACAGGUGCAUGGAUGUAGCCUCAAUCCAUAAAAGCAUUUAUUCCAUGUAAAAGUGCGCAGUGAUGCAAGGAGCCAAAAAAGUUUGAACGUUGUGUCCAAACCUCUCAUAAAAAACUGUAUUGGACAAAUCAGUAAAAAAAAGUUUGUGUUUUAGUCAUGGCAGAUAUAACUAUGUGUAUAAGACAAACACCAGUAUGGCAUUGCAGCAGUCUUAGAUCCAACAACAGGCUGAAUAAAUUAAAUCUGCAUUUUUUUUAAAAAGGGAAAGAAAAUCCACAAUAGUUAAAGUCGAGUAAUAAAUAUGAAAUGAAUUCUCAUGUAAAUUCUGUCUCAUUGGACUCAAACGAUGGAGUAAUUACAAAAGUGUUGCAAUUUAAUUUGUGUCAGUGGACCAAUGAAGUUGAUCAUUUCAGGUGGAGAUGUGUUUGUUUGCUAGACGUAGAUUUUUUUGUUGUGGAUUUGUUGGAAACUGCUCCAGAGUAAGAUGGUCCAGUGUUUCAGGGUUUGUUGGUUCUCUGUGUCAGAGUCUGACAUGACAGAUGAGAAGUUGAGGGGACUGAAACAUGCCUUAAUUGGCAUGGAUCAGACUUUUCCAUAUUUUGGUCAUAAUAUGGUCUCUGUGUGAAGUCAAACAAAGGUUUAGGAGCUCAUUUUGUAGUGCGAGAGUUUGUGGGAAUGCCUGGUGUAUAAGGUGCAGGUACUUUUGUCUUUUUAGUUUUUUAUUUUAUUUUAUUUUUUUAAGAAGACUGAGAAAGAUAGAGAACGUGAUCUUUUUUGACAUCUUGAUGCUUUGGCAAAAAUGUUUCAUAAAUUUAAAUGCCCCAAAACGCACUUGAAUAAAAAACAAAAAGGUUUAAAAGCUCAGUGUUAGUUUGUUUGGACACCUUGAUGUGUCAUAUCGCGCAGGGUCAAUGUUCAGGUCAGUGAUGUGCACGAGCCCUGUGUCUGCUGACCUGCAGAGAGGCGUGUCAGCCGUGGAUUAUCGCCUAAUCACUAAAACACAAGAGCCAUUGAGCUGAAACAUAAUUGUCAGUGAUGAUCAUGAUGUGGUGAAAUGGAGCUGCGUAUCAGCCAGAGUUCAUGUUUGCUCUCACUGGUACAUUCGAUGUCUGCAGGCGGGGGAGAAGUUGGACUGAGGUGUUUUGGUUAGGUGGCAGCGUGUAGUGAAAAAUCAGACCGGUGUGUGAAAUAGGUGCACAAAUACCUGACAGAGAAUGUGAGCAAACCUUGUCAUGACGUUCUUAAACACAAGGAGGGAAAACCUGUAAACUCAGCACUUUACAAACUGUCCUCAUCCCUGCAUACAUGUCUGAUCGUAAUUAUGUCUUUGAGGCUGGUGGAUACCUCGAGCAGCUCAGGGCUCCUGCUGAUAACCCCAGCACUUCUGCAGGGCUUUUUUGUUGCUGUGGAAUGAGCGUAAUGUUAGGCAUGCCUACACUAAUGCCCAGGGGCUCUGCUCGCUCGCGGCCCCAGACAAAGCAGCAGAACAGAGGCAGUUCCCACGUGUCUGCCUCCUCCUCUCCAUCCCGGGCCCUGCAGGCCUCCUUUAUUAGCUCUGUUAUGCAACAGCCAUGGCCGGCCUGCCGCUCAGCAAAGGGAGGCCUUUAUGCUUGGUCACAAAGCACACCAAAUUCAAUUAUUCUGGAAAGGGUGAGCUGUGUUUCCAGCACCGAAAGGUUAUUCACAUGCGCUGAACCCCGCUGUUAUUUUGCUUCCCCCAGUGUUUUCAUUAUGAUGGCUCUUUUUUGUCUUUUUGUGGGGGGAGGUUACGAACACGCCAUGGCUUGGUCCAGUGUCAUUUUGCCCCAUGUGUUUUCUGUGUUUCUUUUUCAUGAGCAGACAAUGUGUUGGUCCUUAGCUUUCAUCUCAGUCCUUGUCCUGGAAGUUCAAACCUCUUUCCUUCCAGCUGUUACUCUGACAGGCUGUUUGAAGCUUUACAUUUUCAGCUGAUAACUCAUAUUUGGGGUGAAUAACUACAACAAAAUCCACUACAAAGUGGCUAGAUCUGCAUUAUUUCACGCUCUGCUGAUGCUGCAGCCACACACAGCAGUCAGCCUGUAGGUUGCUUGCGUUAUAGUAUGUGUAUAUGGUGAAGAAUGCUACCUAAACAGGACAUGCCAAUCUCAGUGGACCGACCUCGUGCUCUGGGCCACCAUUGUGUUUUUUCCUUCCACCCAUCUGCACAGCUCUUUUUCCAAAAGAAAGAAAAUGUAGCCAACAGUGUUGGUAACAUGCUUCAGUACAAGUGUGAAAAACGGCGUUUAUCAGCUUUAAAUGUGCUUCUACUUUUGGAGUUUUGAAAUAAGAACCUGCAUAUAAUCAUUCUUUGCAUUCUUGAAUAUUUGAUAAUGAAUCAAAUUAGAGCACAUUUGGAUGUUGUUGUGAACAGAUGCAGCAACAUUGUCGUUCCAAGAACUGGUCCUGACUAUAAAAACACAUUUUAUAAUAAUUUUGAACUGUCAAUGUUUUGUAAAUGCAGUUACAGGGAGAGACAGAUUUUAAGUUUUACUGCAGACCAAGAAUUAACAUGUUGUACAAGACUCCUGAUGGCCAUGCUCUCCAUCAUUACAGUUUCAGGUAGUCCUUCCUUGUAGACCUCAGUAUCAUUCUGCAUCCCUUCCAUGGCUGCAAUGGCAUGCUGAAUUUUGUCCAAGCAAGAAGAGAUGAUUCCCUUGUUAAAUAUUUAGGUCUUAAUAUUGACCGAGGCCAUAUUUCAGUGUUGUAAAAAUGAUCAGCAUGCGUGUGGAUCAACAAAAACAAGUGAAAACACUGAGACAUCCAUUACAAGCCAGUGGUUUGCAUCAUAAAUUUGUUAUGACACCCCACUCAAGAUCACUCACUUGUUCACUAAAGUGUUAUUUAGCAGUGUAGAGAGAACAAACAAACAAGAAGACAAUGGCUCAAGAGAAUACUCAGAAACUGAUAACUUUAUUUUGACAGGCAAUGAAGUGGGGUUGCUCCUCUGACUUACCCUAGUUUACAAAGCAUUGAGGGCUCUUUGAAAGGGAAUGGGGCUGUGACAUAACUGUUUUUACAGGAUCUGUGUAUUACCAGUUUAUAUAGCAACAGACGAGAUAAGGUUAUCUAAAGAUCAUACAGUAAAACCUGGUUUUAAAUGUUUGUAUUUUCAGCUGACCAAAACCCAGUUUUCAUAAACAGUAACAGCCACAACACUGUAUUAGUCAACCUUUAGCCAUUAAACAUGUUUCCGUAUGUACGGCCUCUGUAACAGCCCUGCAUUAUGGCCCCGAAAGUCCCCCACCACCAAGGAUGAAAAUAGAAGAGGACAGAUGGGCAGCAAGAGCCAGAGCCAGCAGAGUUUCAAGUUGGCACCUUUCUUUCACCGGUGUUUCACCAAGUUAAACUCACAAUACUUUAGUGAGGCUCAACGGUUAGCUGCUGUAUUCCUUAAGAGGAUAGAGAAGAAAAACAGUGAGCUUGUGGAGAUCAUGGAUCCUUUUGGUGAGGACUAACCCCUGCUUGGCCAGGCUGUAUGCACUACCUCCCCCUACUUCCCCAUCUCACCUCCAGCUGUAUUCACCCACCAAAAUAGACAAGAAAAGAAAAAGAUACGCUGCCAGUUGAGGUUGUACGCUCCUCCUCCUUCUAUUCCCACAUUUUCACUUGGGAUGACAAGAGAGAAAAGAAAGUUAAGAGCAGGAUCUGUUGCAAGAUGUGAGGAAGAGGACAGGAAAUGCAAAGCCAGGAUUUUAAUACUGUCCAGGUGAAGAUUAACCACUACUAGGCAAGACUGUGCGCUCUACACUCCUCUAUUCCUCCACUUUCAUUAUGGGAAACAAAAGGGAAGGGAAAGUUAAGAGAGGAGUCUGCAGUGUGAUGUUAAAAAGAGGUCUAGAAAAGAAAAACCAAGGCCUGAAUCCUGUCUAGGUGAUGCUAACCACUGCCAGGUAAGGCUGUGCACUUUGCCUCCCCCAUUUCUUUAUUUUCUUGAGGCAACACCGGGUAAAAGAGAAAAUAAAAGAGUUGUAGAGAGAUGUUGCAUAGAGAACCGGAAAAGAAGAGCUAAGGCAAGAAAUCUGCUUGAGCCAGAGCUCAGCCAAGCCAGAUCAGGCUGUACGCUCUACCUCCCCUCACCACCCAUUUGCAUGAGAGAAGAGAGGAGCCAAGAAAGAGAGGAGUUUAUAGGUAGAUGAAAGAAAAUCAUCAGGGAGAUGAGAGCCAGGACAGGAUGCCUUUUUGGCUGAGGACUAUCCUCCUCAAAGUUAAGUUGUACACUCCUCCUUCCCUACUCUUCAUUUUGGAUGAAGGAAGAGAGGAGGAAAGAUCAAGAAAGUGCAAAGUGAGAUGAGGAAUUCUUAAUUAUUCCAAGUCUCAACAUUAUGUAUUUCUUAAGAGUAAAGAUGGCACGAUCCAGCUGUCAUUAAUGCAAGCUCAUAAACCACUCAGAGAGAUGGCCUUAUAAAGAGAGGACACUUGUUACUGUAAGCAUCACUGAUUUUGGAGCAGUUGUGUGCAUGGAUAUAGAGAUGAUUCCAGUCAGGUUGCUGCUCUGCCCCUACAUUUGUUUAUUCUACCCAUGUGGUAUUUUUACAUCUGCACUUUAGCAUUCUGGCUGAAGUAUCCCUCUUGUCUUGAAGUGAUGCUAUAGUUAGGAAACAGCAUUUUUAGUCCUGACUGCCUGGAUGGCUCACAUUUGUCACAUCCAGCCCAGCUCCACUCACACUCCACUCACAGCCCUUCCCAUGUGUCCAGACGCUGCCUAAAUGUGUACAGAGACAGAGCUGUUGGUCUACUUAUAGGAGACCUAUUUCUAUAGGAUUCAACACAUAAUUGGAGGAGCGGGUGUCUGUGCGUCUGUCAGCUGCUUCAGGCCUUCCUCUGAAAUGCUGCACCAGAGAGGCUGCACAUAAAUGACAUUCCUCCCAAAGUUGUUUUCACAUUUUCUUUUUUAACACACAAAGGAAUUUGUGCACCAGUAACACUUGUGGCCUUCUCACAGUCUGUCUCUGUCAUAUUUGAGUGAAGAUACAGAGGUUUCUGUUCUGGCCUCAUGACUCUCUGUGUUGUUUCUUUCUGCUCACAUUUGUAAUGCUUGUCACUCAGAGGUCAAGCCUUGAUUCGUAUUUGUAGACCUCAGCAGCUGGCUCCCUGGGACCAUUAAAGAUGAUCUGUUUUUGGAUCCGUUUGUUGUCUUGAUCUCUUUUUGAAGAUGCAGCUUGCGCAGAGUCAUCUUCUGUGGAUGUUUUUAUCACACAAGUGUUUGGAUUAUUUAUACUCUGAGACAUCACACAAUUAAACAUCAGUGACAGAAAUUAAUCCCAUCUGCAGCUCCAUCGAGCCGUGGCAACAACUUGUUUAAAUUCACACAUUUGCUGAAGCAGUCAACCACGUUUUUUAAUUUAUUAUGAACUGAGAGAACUACAGAGACGUCUGCUUUUGAGUACUGGGUACUUCUUAAAAGUAUGUGGCCAAACUGGCCUCUUCAGAUACAUAUUUAAAUCUAACAAAGAAUAUAAUGUAUUGAGUGUGUUCUUUGUUUCUCAGCUGCAAUUGUGUGCAAAGAUGUCCAAAACAGCAGGUCUUGGAGAUGCUGGUAAUGACCAGACUAGACUAAAUCCAGCAGCCCAGACUCCAGUUUCACAUGCCUUUCCCAUGCAGCGGCCCGCUGCCGAACUCAGGCCUGUUGCUGCUGCAGAUAGAAAUAUCGUCCAGGACGCCCGAGGAUGGCGCAGAUUAUUCUAGAAUUAGCAAACGUCUUUGAAAACUAAAUAUAUUUUGUUGGGAAGUUGUGAGCAGGCUCUGCAGCAUUUCAUCCCUCCACAGCUGAACAUACUUGUCAUUCUGUCAGUCUCCCUUUUUUCUAUUUCAGAUAUACAUCUGAUUUUCUGUUUCCUCUAUGAUUGAAAGAUGAUCCUGGAGAAUGUGGACAUUUUUAGAAGAAAACUUUGGUCCUUUAUUAAUAAUCUUUCUUUUUUAAAGCUGGUAGGACAGCUGUAACAAACCUAGCAUAUUUCUCAUAGCUUAAAAACCUUUAAAAACAUAUACUUUAGUUCAAAUGAAUGUCAAUGAAAUAUACUGAAAAUCACAGUUGCACCUAGGAUUUGCAUUCACCCACUUAUAGUCAAUGAACUUCAGUGAUUCCACCAUGUACUGACGUUUGCAGUGAAUCUAAGCACAAGAGUGUUGUUUAAAUUGAAUAAGGAUACUGUGCCUCAACUGUAGAAACAUUAUUAAAUGCAACUUUGAUUGGGUAAAAGAAAAACAACGGCAAUCCUAUACAGUUAUAUUCCUCAAAAAUAUACUUGCUGGUUUGCUCAAUUUUAAUAAGUCAAAUAACGACCCUUUUAACACUUUAACUCACAACUGAGUGUCUGACUAAUAGACCUACACUGACACAUCCUCUUUCUCAAAGUUGCUAAUACAUUAGCUGUGCUACAGAGCUAAAAUUCCUCAGUCUGCACUUUCAGUUUUUGUUUUUCAUUUUUAUUCACAGGAAGAGUCAGACAUGCUGUUUUGUGCCUGAUUGUCUUGAUCUUGGUGUCUACAAGGUCCCACAACUAUCUCCUGACUUUGACAUCACUGGGAAAUAGUCCAGGUUUCCAACAUGUUGAGAGUGAAAAGUGAGUUUGUUAGUCGUCCCUGUGCUAGAAUAACUUUACUCAUCCAGUCGAAAGUAAAACUGUGUUUGAUAUACUCAAUAUAUUAUAUAUAUAUAUAUAUAUAUAUAUAUAUAUAUAUAUAUAUAUAUAUAUAUAUAUAUAUAUUCAAUAAUCUGGUUUUGGGGGUUAAAUGACAGUCAUCUUGUUCAAUAUUCUCAGAGUAGAACACUUGACACAGUAAGGGUCUACAGCCAUGGUUGAAGCUCUUACUCUGUACUGAUGCUGCAAAGUUAAACAUCAAUAGGAGACGGUAACUUGCAGAUAUUUAGCAGCUGUUAACCAUGUGCACUUAUUGACUUUAUACAAAGAUGGACCAUGUGUCUCCUCCUCCUGUUUUUCCUUUUUCUUUUGAUCCGUUAAAGAAGUAUUUCUGGAAUUUUAAAAAAUAGUUUUGUUUGUUGUUGUUUUUUUUGUUUUUUUUACCUAAAAACCCUGAGCUGUUAGAGCUGAACCAAACCAAAGACUCUGACCAGCCUUUUGGACAUACAACAUAAUAACUCCUAACUUUAAUGACAGAAAGCAUGCUUGAGAUAUUUUAAUUGACUUGUGUUUUAAUCUUAUUCUAUAAACUGUAUCCAUCUACUAAGAUAGAGGAGAAAGACUUGUUUGGCUUCACUAUUAGGGAGCAGCUACAUUGUCCAUCAUUUUGUCCGUCUCUAGUUCUCUGUUUUGGUCAGUAUCUCAUUAACACUUACAGACUAUCUCUAAAAACAUCAUACAGCUAAAUAAUGAGAGUGUUUUCACUCCCUAAGGUAUUUGGUCCCAAACCAAAAUAUCAGACUAAAAGAAGUCAGGAGGUCAAAGUUAUUACCUCUCACCCUAAAGGCAACAUAAAUAUCUGUUGUAACAUCUCACUAAAAUUACAGACGGUAACUUUUUGCUGACAUUUAAAGAAAGUUAAGAGGACUGCAGAAACACGGCUCCAUUUUCAGGCAUAUCUAAGGUAUUUUAGUCUGGAAUGAAGACAGAUAAAGCCCAUCAUAGAUCCAUUCUGCUUGCACUGUCAGCAGCAAAGUCCCAGUAAUCCUAUAGAAUUAUCCUAUAGAAGCUCUAUGGUAAUCCUGCAGUAAUAUAGUCAUUAUGUAAAUGAGGGUUUCUCCUUCCAUACCAGAGCAGAGACAGAUCUCCAUUAAAUCAGUUAGGUAAUGCAUGUUGUUGACAGAUCCAGAGUGUCAGCAAACAGGAGUUUAGACAGGGUCACUGUGUCAGGCUGUCAGAGGAGUGACACACUUAUCACUGUUUGUUCUUCACUGACUGCCUGACACCAGGGAUCAUAAAAAUGUGUGGGGUUUAGCUUUAGAGUGAAGACUUUCAUUCUACUCAAACGCGCUCAUAUACCACCUUAGUCUACUUAUAGUUUUACAAUGUUUUGGCUCAGUCCUCCUCUGAAUGUCAUCAGAUCGCUCCUCCUCGGCUCUGCGCUGCUGUGGUUUCCGAGCCUCCCAAGACCGAGACAUGACUUGGAAAAACUGAGGCUGCUGUGCUGUCACAAGACUGCGUAACAAACCAAACAUUCAGAGGCUCAGACUCAGAUCACUGAGUGGACAUGUUCCUCCCUCUGGCUCCGACUCUUUGGGAGGUCAGAGGGCAGUUCAGGACUGAAGUCUCUCUGACGUCACAGGCCUUCCUUUUCCUUUUUCUUUUAUGCUUAUUUAGCCUCGAUCCAGAUUUUGACAGAACUGGUUUACAUGUGGGUUUUUUUAUAAGGACUAGACAUUUUUUUUAAAUCACAAUCUGAUCAAGACUGCACUUUUGAAACUGGUUUGGAUUUAAUUGGGGCAUGGGAUCAGAUGUGAAAACUUGAUGAACAGUUUGAUCAUCUUGCAGAAGUGCAUGUAUCUGUAAUUUCUGGUUGCUUUCCCUAUUUGAAUGUUAACGCUGUCCAGCUGAGGCUGAAAAUAAUGAGAGUAACAUGUUUCCUUGUUCAGAGGAAACAAGUGGCAAAGCAACAACACACCAUAACCCCUGACAUUUAGCUUCUCCUCUCGCACUGUAAUCAGGCUCUAACUCUUUGUACAGCAUGAUAUUGAAGCUUCAUUGUGGGAUUUGACAUUGUGUUGCAUCAUUUUGGAAACACAAGAUCCAUAAAGUGAACAAACAGUAAAAACUCCUCACUGUGUCGUUAAAUCCUGCUAGCUCAAAUAUACAUGAUGCCAUUAUACCUCUGUUACCACCUCUAAUAACAGAUGCAGAAUGAUUAUACCCCACUAUUAUUCUUCUGUGGCUGUUUUAAAGUGCUUUACAAAUAAAGUUGAGUUGAGUUCUGUACCUUUCGCAUUGCACUGCAUCCAUAUGAGCAGUGUAAAAGUAUCCUGAGUGCUACAACCCAAAUGCUGCUGUAGGUUGUAGACAACUUAGGACAUGACUCCAAAAGCAUGUCUUUAACAUCCACAGUUUGAAGUUUAUUAUAGCAUGAUGGCAAAUGAAGCAACAGAGACCUUCAUUCUGAUGAUGUUUUUUUACAUUCAUAUUAAUGCUUUGUGUGAACUGACAGAUUUGCAGUCCUUGUCUUGAUCAUUAUUCUCCAUCUUCAACCCCGGAUGCUCUCAUUCAUCCUGUGACAUGGUAUUCUUCUGCUUUACAACAGUUUCAUGAUGUAAAUGCAUCACAGUGGCUCAGUAGUUGUCUUUCAGUAAGUUCGAUCCUGGCUCCUGUGGCCCAUACAACCAAGAGUCCUUGGGCAAAACACUGAACCCCAUAUUGUUUCAAGUUACAUAAGUGGCGGUCAAUGAAUGAAAUGAGUAGAUGCAGAUGGGCGUCUGCUUUCAUUAGUGUAUGAAUGUGGUGUGAAUGGGUGACUGUGACAUGAAUGUAGGAGGACUGUCAACUCCUAGUCGACCGGUCGGCUUGUUUGUCGAUACGUGCUGAGUCCACCAAAAUUCUGAUUGGUCUGUGUCAAUUGGUUGGUGUCAUCAGGAGGAACGUACCAAGUAAUAAUGGGGGUGUUUUCAGAGCGCCCCUGUUUUACAGGUCUCAGAACAGGUCCCCCCUUGUUUUCACCAACUUGGAUUUGCCCAACCCACUGGAGCCCAGCUGGGGACAGGAAGUUUGAAGAGCGUCCAUAUUAAUCAUCGUCUGGUGAUUUGCGGAAUAUUUAUUUUUUAUUUCAAGCGUUUCAACCUGCCUUUUGUGUUUCAUUGCCUUCUUGUGCUGAUAUCAGUAUAUUUUCACCCCGUAGAGCCACACUCUGCCGAGCUGCAUCGUCCCCGCCGCAGAGGGGUUUGCUGUAAGAGUUGCCAGGGUUUUAGUCGACUAAGAAUUUGAUUACAGCCCUAGAUGUUCUCAUAUAAGAUCACUUGACUUCCUGCAAAAAAUUAAAAUGGGAACCAGCAGAAAAAACUCCAGGUGUUGUCAGGGUGUACAUUUUUGCUGUUUAUGUGCACACAUGCUGGAGAUUUACACAUGGCAAGAUUCGAAGAAGUGUGAAUUCAGCUGCAGUCAGACUCUGCAUCAGUACCACAUUCAGUAUUUUAGAGUCUUUGAGUUUGGUGAUUAUAGCCAUUGCUUGUCUUUCUUUAACUCUUUCAUUUCAUUUCAGCCUUUUGCUUUAAUAAAGCUGAAGGCAUCGAGAAAAUAUAUGUGAGAAGAGAAUGGGGUAGAUAUGUGCUGAGGACUGUAGCCUCUGUUCAACAGGUGCCUACUGUACUGACUGACCUAAUGUUGUUUUUUUUCUAUAUGUUCCAUCAAAACAAUACGUACGCUGUUGUAUAUUGAUAAAAAAAGAUGUGUGAAAGACCUUUUGCAUUUUUCUGUGGUCAUUACCCACAUGAAUCUAAGCAGCUGUAGGUGUGUCUGCUCUGUGAGAGAUAGUUUCAAGUGUUUCCAAGUGCAGUUAGACAUUUGUGUAACAGACUCUUGAUAGUCUGUUUUACAUGCUCUAGUGCACGAGACCAGCAAAACUGGUAUGCAUGGAGAACAGCACACUUAAACUCCAGAGUGGAGGAAUAAAUUCAGAGAUGACAUGGGACAAACAUCAGAGCUCCAAAUGUCUGUAGGAAAACGAACAGCUGUCUUAUCACCCUUUGAAUCGUCAUAAACUUCACUGUACUGCUGUAGUGUGGCCAUGUCUGAAAUGUGGUUUUGAGGCUGCAGAACAUACUGUAAAUCCAUGAGCUCCAAAAACUGCAAAAACCUACACUCGGAUCUCUACCAAGGAGAUGGGCUGGUUCUCCAAAGCGAUGAAUUGAACCACUUUCUCUGUAAUCUUUUUGGCCUUCUGAGGAUAUUUUAUUCUUCCAGAAGCUGUUACUUUGGCAGCAGUUUUUUCUUCUGUUUUUUUAGAGAACCUGCAUGUUCAGUUGCAUGUUAGGUUUUAAGAUGUGGUAUCAGAUUUGUAGUGAUGAAUGCAGCUCCACUGCUGCAGCUCAUAAAACAUCCUACGGCAUAAAUUGUCGAGUAGCUGAUUUUGCUUUCUUGUUAUAAGUAGUUGCAUACUGCUGACACUAAAGCCAUCGUAUGGCUAAUGUAAAGUUACUGUCAGGUUUGUGUUCUUCCACAAAUCCAGUCCAGAGUACAACAGCUCAUCUAAACUAUCAGGUUACCAUGAAUCUCAUCUUUAAAUCAAAGUAAAAGUAUUAAAUCCGUCAAAGUAUUAAGAAAAAAUGUAAAUGCUUGUUUUGAACAUUUAAAGUUGUAUAUCAGAGAUGUAGCAAUUCGAGGAACGUCCCAAAAAUGUAUGAAAUGUAAAGGGAGUUUUCUGAAUUUGAUUUACUGUUGAAGGUUUGGACAAGCCCUUUGAUUCAUCAUCCACCAGGAUCGCUCGCAGCUCAUGCAAAUGUGCCAAAAACAACAUAUUGAGCAACAGACUACACUCAAGGUGCUUCGGGUGAAAUGAACAGCUGUGCAUGCGGAUGAUAAAUAUCUCUUAUGUUAUCUCAGCUGCCACACUAUAAAGGCUGUAUUCAGAGUUUUGAGAAAGUUAAAGUACCUCUGAAUUUCUGACUAAUUUGAAUCUUCACCGUGAGUGUCAGCGCUGCUGGAGUUUGGCUUGAAAACAGUGUCUUUUUCAUAGAAGAGAAGUUUAGUGGAGAGCUGCUGCUGCUGUGUCUGUCUCCUAAGGAGUGUGGGGCAGGAUGCCACAGAUACUCUCUCUGGGCUGUCCCUUCAUUGUGUGCAUACCUCUGCCAGAAUCAGACCCCGUGCACCGUCUGCAUAGUGAGCAUUCUUUGGGUCACUGCCACUGGACCCCCUUUUGUCCGUGCUGAUUGAUGGUAAUCAGACAGUAACUAUAUUUGCUGUUGUCAUCAGAGCGGCUGGUUCGCAGCUCACUGAUGUGUGUCGAUUAAAAGAGUAAGUGAUGUCAUUAGCUCCACACACAUACCUCCAUAAAUCAUUACAGUCUGGCAGGCGUUUAAUCUCUGCAAAUCAAAUCCUCUGUUAAAGGAGAAGUUUUAAUGAUACCUUAAAGCAUUUCUACAACCAAAGCUGUGAUACAACCAAAGCAUACAGUAGGAUUCUACAUUAAUGGAUGUUUUUAUGCUUUUCUUUUUCAACCCACAAGCCAUUUAUUGUCCAAUUAAACCUCAUCUUAAAUGACUCCUCUAUCCUACCUUCACAACUACGAUAAAGGUCAAGUUUGAUUGACGCUGACAGAAGCAUGUUUACUUGGCAGACAGGUACAACGCGUUAACCUGUCAGUCAAAUCAGCCACACUCCUUUUCAUGUAUAAUCACACCUCUUUUGAUACAGUAAAAACUAAUGAGUUUUAUAAGACAGUAGCACAAAAUCAAAUAAGCUGUGUUCAUUGAGAAAGGGUUUUCUUUUCAACCCAGAGCCUCAGACAUAUUAAAUCAAUACAUGUUAGCUGUACAUUCAAUAUUAUGAGUGUGACAUUUUUGCUUAAAGCUCCUGAGAGGAAUUUUUCACUUUUAUGAAAUAGACUAAAAUUCAUUUUUUUGCCCUCUUGUGAUAUAAAGAAGCAAACAAGACCAUCAGUGACAAUAGUUACAGUUUUAUAUCAAAUUAUAAGGCCUGAAACUGGUGUGAGAGGGUAGGUGUCAGCUGGGCAGCUGAAGAAAAAGCCCUGUUUUCACAAUGUCAACAUGAAAUACUCACAAUUCAUGAUAGAGAUGACUGUCAAAAGUCAUCAAGAUGAGAUUUUUCUCUGUCAAAAGACAAAAAUUAGCAUGUAGAGGGCAAGACCAGCGAAGACUGCUUGUCCACAAGGGGUGCCAAAACUGAUACAAAUGGAAAGUUCCUCACAGGAGCUUUAAGGUGAUAAUUUCAGGAUCUAAUACCAGCACAAACCUGCUGUCUAUAAAACCAUUGUUUUUAACCUACAGUGUUGUUAUUCCAGUAAAAAAAAAAAAAUCUGAUGAAACAGCUGCGCUUUGUGGAAGCUCAUCAACACUGAAUGGUAACGUUAAUAAAUGAUCCUGAUUUGAGUUAAAACAAGAAAACAACCCUUGACGUGGUACCAGACGAGAAGAGCUUCCCUCUGCACUUUUCUGGCAAAUGGUGUGAGCCAAUUACAGCAGAGCAGCUCCAGCCAAUCACAGGACAGGUAGAGUUUUUAAGCGAGAAAUCAUUUGGAGGCACUGCUUACUUGGCUAGUUACCAUUUUAGCAUGAUUUUUGUAAUCAUUUUCUAUUCAAUGAGUGGAUUUAGUGGCUUCCUAAUUUAUAAGAAAUAGGAGGGAAAAAAACAAAGCACAAAGAAAUUCUCACAUUUUUUUUUUCAUUCACUGGAAACUUUAAGUUGGCAGAUUUAGCCAUAGGCAAGGUUGUCUGAUACUAUUUAAAGCCAGCUCUUCACACUUUUAUGCCUCUCUUUUUCUUCAUUCAGUUGAUUCAUAGUUAUUUCCUUUUAUCUAUACAUUUAUAUUUACUUUUGUUGGGAGUAAAUAAGCUAUGAUGCAGAAGUCCAGCCAACAUCCCUGUUCUCAGCAACACUUCUCUUCAUUUUUGGAUAAAGUAUUGUGUCUUUGUAGGGCAGUUUUAGCUGCUGGGUUGUGUUGUUCCUCCCAGUCAGCAUUUUUAAAAGCUCAUGAUGUCCCGUGAAGAUCUCCAGGUAUUAUUACUCAGUCAGUAGUUUGGUCUCCUGACCAACUGAACAGAUUUGUUCUUUCCCUGAGGAGGACUUGACUGAGCACUUCUGUAACACUGUAAAAACCAACAAACUUGUAAAUCUGAUAACCGCACCAAGUGCACUCAGGCUAAAUGAGAUCAAAGUAUCCUUUGUUUUGUGCUUUAUUAUUAUGUUCUUUCCUAUGUAAAUAAAUAUUUCAUUUUCUCUUUUCCAUUACUGUUAGCUGGAGGCUUGGCUUUAAUGUUAAAUCAUUUUUCAAAGGUCUGAUUGAGCUGAAUCACUUUCUUCAAAAACAGUUUUCUACUAUUUGGUUUAAGUGUCGUCUUUCAAUAUUGACACACUUUAUAUUAAAAAAAAAAUUUACAACUCUGAAUUAAGGACCACAUCUCUAUUUUUUUCAGCAAGAAGCUCAAAACAUGAAAAAGUGACAGAUUUUUUACUCUCCAGCUCUAAUAAUCUGAUAGUGUAAUAAAAGAACAAGAGCAUACAGGAACCGUGUGUUUGUGUGCUGUGAAAGCUUAUUUGCUAGUUUUGCUUUGGUCCUUAAACUAAAGCCAUCUAUUUAUCUACUCAAGAGUCCUUCAGCAGCAGAUUUCUGAGCUUAUUACAGUGGAUAAUUGUUAAAUUGGUUCCCUUUGCGAUAGUAAUCAUAGAGUGGCAGUGCUCCAUAUCUGGCCUAAGAUGCUGUUUAUACGUUCACUGUGCUGCUGAACAAAAUAUUCUUUAGAAUGACUGUUUACUUUUGCUUCUUUCCCCUCCAUUAACGCUGAACACACCUUUUAAAAACAUGAUAAAUGAAGCAGAGCAUCCUGCAGGGCAGUUUAUGUUAACAGGGGAAAUAACAUCAUGAAGGGAGAGAGGCAGAUUACUGUGAGAGCGUUUUCAAAUCCACCUAACAAUGAUACUUUGUGUGUUAUUAUGAUUUCAAAGCUUGUUUUAAGUGGACUGUGCAGCAGGAACUCUCGUACUGAAUGUACAUUUUUAAUCAUUUCAGGAUCACCAAACCGCUCACGUUUGCUGACUGUGUCGGAGAUGAGCUUCCUCUCGGGUGGGAAGAAGUUUAUGACCAGCAAGUGGGAGUUUACUACAUCGACCACAUUAACAGUGAGUAUACUUUGUUUUUUUUUUGGUUUUAUUUAAAAAGUGUUGUUAUAUCGUUUCACUGCACAUUAAUGUAAAAAGGAUGUUUGUGCCAUCAUGGUCAUUUUUGUGUUCCUGAUGUUUCCUGUGCACUGAGGAGGGGUGUCGACUAUGAUACCAGUUUCAAAUUUAAGACCUUGAGACUUGGCUCACAAAGACUGGAAAAAGCCUCACUUUACUUCAAGGAGGUGUUAUUGUGCUUUUUCCUAUUUUAGAAAGAUAUAAAGUUAUAAAAAGUUGUCUGUCAAUGCACAACAUGGGUGAAGAUUCAAAUGGUGAGGUAAAUGUGUAUUGGGGUAAUCUCAGGGUCUGACUGCAGCUGUCCAAAAACCCACAUCAGAGUUGCACAAGAGGGAAGUGAGAAUUGAUCAAUAUGUGACCUUUGACAGACUUGAGAAAUUUUAAAACAUGAUGGUGGUGUAUCAAUUGCCACUAUGUUAUAAUUAUAGUAGUAAUAUAUUUAAUUUAUAGGCACUUUUCAGGACAGUUAAGGUCACCUUACAGAACGAUUAAAAUGACAAUUAAAAUACACAUCAAUUCAUCCAAAAAGUUUUUAAAAGGUUUUAAGUCUGUUUGGUUUACCUGCCAUUUUGCAAGGGCUUCACUCAGCAGAGAUUAGGAUUAUAGGAUUUAAGAUCUUUCACUCCUCAGUUGUUAAUUUUUUUUACUGUUUUUUUACCUGUUGUUUUCAGUUCAUCAUAUCACCAUUCUCAGCAAAGAUAGUAUGGAUGCAUGAAGUCUCACUCUUCUCUAGAAAAUGGACUUAUGUCUGCACAUAGCAUGAAACAUGCACUGGCGUCACCAACGAUUCAUCAACAAAUCACUGCGCCCCUCUUAGUGAAUUUCCUAAAAAGGGCAAAAACAACAUAAUACUCACCAAACAGUCUUGUUGAGACAAUCCCAAACUUCCCAGGUCUGAUUCAGAAACCAAAACAUACAGUCAGCUUUGAUGAUUUGUCAUUUUAAAUGGAGAAACACAGGUUGAGUCAGUGUGGACCAUUUUUUAACAUGGCAACAGCGAAGGAGGCUUCUGGAGAGCUAGUGGGAGGGAGAGUCAGUUGCAAAAAUGAAACAUUUCAGACUGAGCUGUACGUGAUGGAAAGCUACUGCAGCGGUAUCAGAAAGGUUAUAGAUUCAUAACUUAAUUAGCAUAAUCCCCCCUUUGAACUUGCUCUUCUUUCAUUAGGACUUGUCUUGGACCCUUUUUGCUUAGUAUUAGCACUUAAAAAAAAAAAAACACCCGACUUCAGACUUGAUUGUUUUUCUGCACAUGUUUAGUUCAUCCUAACCUCUUCUCAGAAGUUAUAUGUGUUGUAUCUUUUUGUCAGAGACCACCCAGAUUGAGAACCCUCGGACUCAGUGGCGGCAGGAGCAGGAGCGCAUGCUGAAGGAGUACCUGGUUGUGGCCCAGGAGGCCCUCAAAGCCAAGAAGGAGAUGUACAUGAUCAAGCAGCAGCGUCUGGAGCUGGCUCAGCAGGAAAUGUUGCUCUUCCACGAGCUCUCUGAGGAUAACCGCUCCAUCACAAGCAGUAAGACAUGCUGACCACCAGCUCACUGUCUUUAUGAAAUCUAACCGAUGUAAGACAGUCAUUUCAGGGGCUGGAUCGGAUACAGGCAGACAAAACGGCUCUAAAUGUCAUUACUUGUUUAUUGCAGAAAGUUCAGAUAUUCUGAGAGGGGUCAUGUCAUGAGCCGGCUCAAGAAGUCACAACAAAAAGGGAGACACACUUUGUAUUAAAUUCAAAAACGAUUCUUUAUUAAACCAGAUCAAACCAAAUCAGAAUAUUUAAGGAACAAAGUGUGUAAAUCAGCAGAAUCAGUGGUGUGUGAUGCGCAUGAGUGGAAGGUGUGUGAAGGAAUGUCAUGCAAACAUAAAGUGCAGCUUUAAACUAAUAUAACCCAAACAGAACAGUAUACCUGUGAGGAGGGAGGCAGAGAGAGAGGGUGAGUGACUGCAUGAGCUGAAGUCAUGUCAGCAUCCAACAAUGGCACAGCUUUUGGGCACAGCUAUUGCGUAGACUUUUGGUAUGCUACUUUGACCCAGAAAAGUUUCCACUCAAACUCUGUUUUGUUCUUUUUUGUUUUUUGGGGGAAAAGUCACUCAUUGAAGUCUUUGGUGGUUUUACUGUUUUACUAGUACCUGGUAUCGAUGCUUUCUUCUUCUUUUGUUAUUAACUAGUGAUUUAAAAACACUAUUCACUAAAGGCGGCAGGCACAGUUUGGCAGUUUUUUCAUAUUACAGCCUGGCCCUGGUGAAGUCCAUUGUCGAAGGUAAUUUCAAGAUAAUAGUUGUAUAGUAGUUGUGAUAAAGUUAAUGUUACACAGGCACCUAAUAUCAAUACUUUCAUAGAAAAAUAUUACAGCGCUUGAAAGAUUCCUCCUCUGCUUUGACACACCAUGAUGGUACGUUGUGACUCCUUGUGGAGGCAAUGAUGAAAUCUAAUCUUUGACUUUUCCUCUCGGAGCCGUUUUGUAUUCUUCUAUCAUGUCAAUUCAAUGUAUGUAUGAUUCUGUUGAAAUUUAUCAAUCAUUACAGAAUCACUGGAUAGUAAAUUAUCAUUUUUGUGGACCAUAUGCAUCGUAUCAUGAGCUACCCACCAGUUCCUAAUGUUACUUAUUUCCUAACCCCAAAUUUUACCUUCUCCAAAUACCAAUAUUCAGUCAUAAAACAAUUCUUUAUGAUGCUUUGAAAUUGCUGCUGUUUUGCUUUAAUGUUGCCUCAUUUUAUCUUCGUUAAAAAACAUGCUUUUAUCUUGAAAUGAGAUAUAGUAAUUCCUGUCAGUCAUAAGUCAUGGAACUGAAUGAAAACUGCAAAAGAACAGUAAAGAAGUCCCAUAGAGUUGUUCAGUGUCUAAACAUAUACAGUGUUUUGGGAUUCACAAAGUUUUGGAAAAUCUGUUUCAAAGUGUUCAGCUGGUUUUGACUGCUGCUGCUGCUGCUUAUUCUUCAUCAUUUAUGGCAGCAGGCAACCAGCAGAAAAAAAACACACCACCACCUUUUACUGUGAACCAGUUAGUUUUAUGGUAUUACCAUAAUCUUAUUUUUUAGCACAAUAUCAGUAUACAAUUUUUGAUUUAAAGGUUCACUUCCAUGUAAUUGCUGCAUACGUCUGAGCCAGGCUGUAAUUGGGUGUCUCAGUGUCACAGCUUCACUCACACUCGGAGAAGAACUCACGAGUAUGUAAAGUAAUAAUGAAAAGGAUGAGACAAGUGUGAAAAACCAAAAACUGCGGGGGGUGCUCAUCCAAGAUCUUAGAAACCUUGUUUUUUGUCUUUUGUCCACCUCCACCCAGUUUACCCUCUGACUCCAACCAGCUGUAACACAAAGCGUCCAAGGGUCGUCCACCCAAAGAGCACCAGAUCACGACACCAGAUCCUUCCUCAGACUCUCUUAGAAGUAGAAGUUAACUUUAAAAUCGUCACUAUGGACUGACCUCUGAUCCUCUCUGCCUUUGUUUUUCUGUGUUCACAGCUCUCUCCGGCUCAUCUUCAAACGCGAAAUACGACCCCGACCAAAUUAAAAUGGAAAUAGCUUGUAGAAGAGAGCGGGUAAGUUAUUAUUGGAGAACAAUAGACUGCAGUGUGGGGCCGUCUUUGGGUUGAAAAAAAGGGGGCUAGGGUGUGGCCCCUACAGGAUACUGUGGCUCUGGCCCGGGGCCUCCAGAGGAUGAGGAUGAGAUCAUCAAAGGGUCAGGCAGAGGGUAGGUCACUGACUCACAGGGACAUGCUGGACAUUUCUCUGAGAUCAGUCACAUGGGUCAGGGUGUUUCCUCCAUUAGGGACACUUUAGGCUAAAAAGAUGAGUCGGGCUUAUUUUAAUGUCACUUUGGGGGAGCACAGAGAGAGUUACUUUGAUUUAAAGUCAGAAAUAUUAAGCCACAAGUGUCACUACUGCACCAGACAGAUAUGGUUUGGGGUAAUAAUGUUUAGUCUGACAUAGUCUACUAUUAAUGUCCCUUAUGAUCUAAUGAUUUUCUUCAACUUCCUAUUUGAUUGGUUUUUCAAGACAACUCCCACAAAUCAUCAUUUGAGUUAUUUGAGUCAUCUGAGUUCAAGUCAACACCAACAGUGUGAUUGAGUCAGUUAAGACUAAAGCUGAUGUUAUUUAUAAUCAGUCUUGCUCACAAUAAAAAUCACUAAGUUACUUUUUAUUUCUGUCAGGUUGGGUAAUAAAAGAAUAUUAACUUUGUUUUUAUUAAACACUGCUGUUAAUUUUAAACAGCAGUGUUAGAGAAUGCUUUAGGUGGGUAAAAAUAUUAACUAAUUAAUGAAAGACAAGAGCACAGAGUUAAUAAAGACCAUAAAAUGGAUCCAAAUAAGUGAAAAAAGGGUAUGAAAAAUAGCUAUUUCAGAUUCAUUUCCAAAAAGAGAAAGAUUAAAAGAAGAGAUCGAAGCUUAGGUUACAUUAGAUUAAAAAUAGUUAGGUUAGUUUGAGUUACGUUAGGUUACAUUAAGUUAAGUUCAAUACGUUACGUUAUGUUACAUUAUAUUACGUUACAUUACGUUGUAUUAGGUUAGGUUAGGUUAAAUUAGGUUGCGUUGUAUUAGGUUAGUUUAUGUUACAUUAGGUUACGUUACGUUUCCUUACCUUACCUUAGAUUAGAUAAGAUUAGGUUAAAUUAGGUUGCGUUGUAUUAGGUUAGGUUAAAUUAGGUUACAUUGUAUUAGGUUAGUCUACGUUAAAUUAGGUUGCGUUACGUUUCCUUACCUUACCUUAGAUUAGAUUAGAUUAGGUUAAAUUAGGUUGUGUUAUUAAUUUUAAAGUAAAAGCAAGAUAAAAUCUCAGAGAUGGACAGUCUCUGUCACAAAGGCUCAUGACUGCAUGGUAAAACUGACAUAAUUAAAUGGUGGAGAGAGCAGGUCAGGAAAUCAGAGUUCAGGUUUAAAAACUGAAAAAUAAAACUUGAUUGGUUUUGUUACUUUGAACAUUUUGCUUUGUUUGAACUUUGUAUUAAGUAAAAAAAAAAAAAAACAUGUUUUCUCAAGUUCACAGGUUAUUCCUGUCGAGCCUUUAAAGAAGCUGACCGCUGUGUUGUUGUUACUGUGUUGUUACAAAGUUCAACCUUAUCUGAGACCAAGUGUAAGGACUGUGUUCAAGAGAAAUAUCUGAGAUUGCAAGAAUAAAUUUGUUAUAUUCAGAAAUCCUACAACUUUUAAAAUAAAGUCAUAAUUAAUUUUUGGGAACAGACGUGCAAUUUUUUUACAGUCUCAGCUACUUAGGACAAUGUGAUGAUGCUGUACCAAAAGAUGAAGAAUUCAGAAUUAGGAUUUCACUAGAUGCUCCUAAUUUUAGCACAGUCACAGUCAUAGCAAAUAAGCCUAAAACUACAAAUGUUUUCUCAUGAUAUAUAUGAUUUUUUUCCUCAAAACCAUUUAUUUUGAUCAGUAAAAUGUGGCCCUAAUGUCAUAUUGGUCAGUUUGUCUUGAUGAGAAAGCCUCAGCAUGUGAACCCCAGUGUGUGUGUCUGUGCAUGUGUGUCGCUGUACAAACACAGUGUUGCAUUCCUGUAUGUGAAUAGUCAUGACUAAGCAGUUCUGUCAGGUGGUGGUGGUGAGAGAAGCCCAUUGUGCGCCAUGGUAACCGGAUGUUCGGCCUUGUGUGUCCACAGCUCUUCAGACUGAAGCAGGAGCUGGCCCAGGUGAAGCAGGAGCUGCAGUAUAAGGAAAUGGGAGUGGAGACCCUGCAGGAGUGAGUGUUCCUCUGCCUCUGUGUCCCAGGCCCGCCCUUCCUCCCAUGGCCAGCCUUCUCCUUCCUACAACACAGACGCCUUUUCCCUUCUUUAUUCCCCCUCGUCCUCCAUCUACUGCCUUACACAAAUUUCUCUGUUUCACUGCGUUCAGACAGAAUAUUUCAUGAUGUUGGCAGGUUUUUGUAUUCAAAAUCUGGCCCAUUCUCCUCUAAAUCUCUGAAUACAGGACUUACAAAUACCAUUACGCCCACACAACUUUCAAAACAUGUGAAAAUCAUGUCGAUUUUUCGCAAAAAUCCUGUUUAACACAUGAAAAGUCGACAGGAUUUUUAAAAUACCAGAAGGAGAAAUGUCCCUUCUCUGUCUGUGCGCAGAUUUUAGAGGCAGUUUCACAUUUUCCUUUAGUUUGUCGGGUUUUAAAGUCACACACAUAGUGUCUUUUGUGCUGGAAACAUUUCCGAGCUGCUCCAAAUUUCAUGUUAGAAUUAGAGGCUCCACCUCUUUCGGGGAAAAAAGAGAAAAGCGAGCUUUGAGAAAAGGCAAAUGGAGGGAGUUUUUUGAUGGAAAAGGGGACUCCACCUCAGGAAGAGGAUGCACCAGUGGAGUGCAGGGAGCCAAGGCUCAGCCUGGAGAGGAAGUUGGAGGGGAGGAGGGGGAGGAGGAGGGAGGGGGAGGUGUGGAGCUGAGAGCAGUUUCAAAAACACAGAGAUAUCUGGCAGCAAAUUCCUCUGCACUUCCUGAGCCCUGGCAAAGAGUCCCUUAUCUCUCAGAUAAUACACAACUCGAGUGACUCCCAGAAUAGACAGAGAAUACACAGCUUGCAGAAAACAUGGAAGCAUCCUCCUCUUUGCGUGUGUGUGUACGUGCUCACAUGUGUUUGUGUCUUUGUUUGCCUGUGCGAGUGUGUGUGUGUGUAUCUGUGUGUGUGUGUCCCAUUGUUUCUCCUGGGUUUUGCCCAGGCCAGGCAGGAGGGACCCUACUGCUGUUGUUUUUCCAAUCUCAGCUGCUGUCAGCAAUAUAGCUAAUUGUUCUCCACGCCGUGUCGCGUCAGAUAAAGCAAACAAACAAGCUCUGACGUACAGAUGUCCCUGCUACUCGUCACUGCUCCUCUUUUCAGGAGUUCAGGAGUUUAUCUCUGUUUGACGCCUUCCCAACUUAAAUGACAAACCACACAAAUACUUUUUACAACAUCUCGAUCAGAAACCUCUGAAAACCUGCUUGUUGCAAAAAUUCUUGAGCAUGUUUCCUUUUACAGUUCACAAGGUGGGGGGUUCAGUACAGCCAGGCACUGAGGGGUGGGUACUGGCCUUUUUUUUUUUUUUUAGUAUAUAAACUCCUAGCCCCUGCCAAUGGGGCGGGGGGAACAAAGCAGAGCUUGUUUUUGGAGGAAGAGGCAGGGUCGGCUGGAUGAACAGUACCUGCUGUUGGAGGAGAGUGAAGGAAGCGGGCUGUGGUGAGAGCAGGGUGGAGGCCACAUGCCAACAAGGCCCAGUGAUGGAGGAGACAGCAUGCAGCUCUCCCUCCAGCUCCCAACCAGCAAACCAACCAACCAAACCCAGUCCCCCUCCUCCUGAAGUCCUCAUAAUGAGGACAGACAAAAGAUUCUCUCUGUCAUUUGGUCUGUCUCAACGAUUUUAGUAGUUUUAUUUAUUUGACUUUAAAUACAAACAAGUGUCUCAGGCCUCGUACAAAUACAAAGACAUAGCACUUUAAGAGAAGAGGGAAAGUGGCUCAAAGUACUCUAAACAAAAUCUCAGGUAGGAGAGAAAUAAUGUGGCUGAUAUUUCCCUUUUAAAUAAAUGGGAGUGUUUUAAAGCAGCUAGAAGAAGGACAAAAUUUCCUUUGAAUUUGGAACCAACUGCAGGCAAAAAAAGAGAAAGAAAAUAAAUGCAUCUACCUUUAUUUUAUACUGCAAUGACAGUAUUAGAGUACCAAAGUGCCUGCUAAGUUCUGCAGCUUUGUGCAGUUUUCUCCAGUGUUGUCUGAUUGUGAUAAAGACGAGCUUUCAGCAUUUGCACCUUCUGCUGCACAGAGCUACGCUCUUCACUCCCAUCCUGAUGCCGCUGCACUACAGCCACAUGAUACUACUGUCAGACAGAAACCUUGUAUCUUCAAAACACUAUUUUUUCAGGAAUCUUGAAAAAAAAAUGUUUUUGACUAACAAAAAAACUGCAUGAGAUCCAGACACAAUUGAAUUACUUUUCGUCCAUUUCGUCUGUUGGGAAGCGUGCUCACAUACAUUAAUGGAGAUAAAGAGCAGUAAUUAAUGCAAAAAAGGAGAAAAAAAGAUCAUUCAGGGUUGUCACAGAAAUCGUCAUUUCACAGUCCUAUCGACAGACUAGUUCUGCAUUUCUGUUCUGCUAGUUCUUGUUUUGAGGUUGACGUCUUUUUGAAUAAGAUGAUGUAAGUGGGCCCCAAAGCUGCUCAAUCCUUUCAUGAAUCAGACCCUCAGAGUGAAACACUGUUUAGUAACAUUCUUUGUCAACUCAAAAGAAAUAAUCAAAAUUCACCAUAUUGGGGCACUUAGUGAUGAGCAGUCUGAGUAUACAGGGUAUACUUGGGCAGUUGUCCUUGUCUCAGCAGUCGUUGAGUUGACUAACAUUCAUGACCCUUCGCUGCCUGUCUCACCCCCCUCUUUACUCCACACAUUUCCUGUCUCUCUUCAACUACCUUUUUCCAAAAACUGCCAAAUCAAAACUUUUUUUAGGGUUCUUACUGGUUUUCUAAAAGCCUAAAAUUAAAAAUGUCGCCAUAUUAAAUAAUAAUUUAAAAAAAACGUACAUUUUUAAAUGAGAAGGACAAAACACAUUUCUCAUUCACUGUUACAAUUAUCUGCCUGACUGAUUCAGUCUAUUCAGAGAUCUUCACUCAGUCCACAAAGAUUGUACACUCUAAUAGGAUCCUAAUUUGUGUCAAAUGUUGAUGGUUUAAUCUUGAACCUGAAAGUUAUAUUCCAUCAUAUUUUUAGAGGACUGAUCAAAAUCAAAUCUAACUGUUUCAACAUCUGGGAUUUAACACUCAGAGCCUAAGCAGACUGUUCCUAAUGUGUCUCUGUGUCACAGGAUCGACAGGAAAAUGUCUUGUAGUCAGACAAACUACAAGCUCGACGAAGCUCAGGCCAUCUUCACCGAGCUGCGGAGCAUCAAGAAAGCGAUCAGCACAGGCGAGAAGGAGAGGCAGGACCUCAUCCAGGUAUCUUCACUUUAGUGCAUCCUGCUGUCCCCACCUCCCUUCUGAAAUAGUUGUUGCUGAGAUAUUCUCUGCUGACCUCUAGUGUUUGUUAACCUUUACUGUUCUGCAGCCUCUCCUCAUUGUUUCUUAAUGAGGCACAUUUCCAGAUGUGUGAAUCACCAACCAUGUCUGUAGAUUUUGUCCACAAAGCAAAAAAAAGUAUGGGGAGUAUGAUGAAGAAGAGAUGAUUCAGUCUUUAAUGUGAGGAAAGAGACAUUUCCUGCUGAUAUGAAAACCUAUUUAUAGUCACACACUGGGGACAGAUGCAUAUUUGAAUAUUGCUAUGUUUUUCAAUUAUGGGACAGGAAAUCAAUAAUGAAAUAAGUAAGAUCGUAUUAAUUUGAUGAUGACUCCAGGUUGUCUUGUGUUUAUCUCAGAGUCUGGUGAAGCUGACGGUGAACUUCCAGAGCAGUUUGUCCAUCAGUGACUCGUCCGGCGAGGCGGUGAACAGCACUGGAACCGCAAGUGACUCGUGCAAUCUGCAGUACUGUGACACUGGCUGUCAGACUGACAUCAUGGGAGAGGUAGGAGUCACUGCUACUCCUCCCUAACACCCCCUCAAAGAGAGGUUUACAUUGUUGGGGGGAGAUGAUACACUGCUACAUGGACUCAUUGUUGAGUCAGUUGUGUAUUUUUAAUAACUUCAUAGGAGUGUAGACGGGUUUGUUGCCUCAUCGACCACAGUCUGCUUCCUCUGGCUUUCUUUUGGCUCUUGUUUUAGUCUUAAUCAAUUCUCUUCUAUAUCACUGUUUGUUGCUGCGAUUAAGAGGCACUUUAACUCUUUUGUUCCUCUUCGAUUUCAGUAUGGUUCCCAGGAUUCCUCUCAUUUAGUGGACAAAGUGAAAGUCAACUGGCAGUACGAGGAAGCCAAGAAAAAGUGAGUCUGUGGCUGUAUUUGUUUAUCAGACGUAGCACUGUGACACACCGGCAUGCAGCUCUGAAUCAAAGGGCCCCUCCUUCAGCCUCCGUCUCGUUCCUCAGCCCUGGGAGGGCGUGUUAUGAAUAGUAUUUGCGCCCGUGGCUGCUGAGCGAUGUCUGGCCAGCGGAAUGAGCUGGGUGGUCACAUUCUUGCCUGGCUGCUGCUGCUGCUGACUGUGUGCUGUCUUUGUGCUUGCAGCCAGAGAGAGCACUGCCCACUGCCCACUACUCCGCAAGGUGGUUUAAUACACACACUUCACAGUUAAAUAUAUCCAGGCUCACGCUGUAGUGCAAGACAAAUUAUAUGUCUUGAAAAUCAACAGUGAAAGAAGACUGAAUUUCUUCCUUUAAUUUUCUCUGUUCUGUUUUUAAAUUGUCAGGAUCAUGGCAGAGGUGACACGAAAAGAAAACAAAGUAAACUCGUCACAGAGAGGCAUUUAAAAAGCAGGGAAGUAAUGUAUGAAAUCAACCAAUACAUUACUAUUGAUACAGUAUCAACGGAUCAAGAGGGUCUUUACAAAAAGAUCCAGUCUUGAACACACUCUAUGGUACAUUAUUUACAAAAAGUCCACAUGUAUUCACCAACAAGCAACAAGCUUUUGCCAACAUUUAGCUACAGUAUCAGCAAAACCCUGAACAAGAGCAAUCGCAUGUGAAACGUCCUUUUAACUAGAUUUGAAAAAAUCUCUCAUUUCUGCUGAUGUCUUCCUGUCUCCUGCAACAGCGAAUGAGCCCAUCUAUGUGAAGAUAAGCUAUUUCUAAAUAGUGAAAACAGGAAAAACGGGAGCUAGUGGUUGGGUUGGGACCAAACAAUUACAGCACUCAGACCAGAGACAACACGUGCGUUUUUUUCUCUUUAUUUAGCACUGAAAACGCGCAUAUUACUGUCAACACACAAACGGUGACAACGUCUUACGGCAGUAGACUCCUGCAGACACUGUGUAAUCCUACAGCUGCAACCAUGGAGUGAGAAGCUCCUCCACACCGGAGACAGACAGGCAAAGCAGCUCUGUGUCACUAACCUCAGUAGUCCUGCUGCUCCACGUCUGUCUCACACUCUGCGGUGGGCUGAUCCAGACUCGCUUCCCAUUUUAAAAACAUUUACAAAGUAAGUUGCCUCAAACUGCUCACAAAAAAGUGAGUUUCUGGACGUGUCUUUAUGACAAUACGCGCUAAAACACUACCACUUUUGUCCAUAGUGGCUGCCAAAAUCAAUAGAAAAUGCAAACUCCGUCCAGCUGCUCUAAACAGCAGUGGCAGGAUUAGGUGAGGAAGUGGGACAGAGACAGAUGGAAACAAACAGAACGACAUCACAGAUCAGAUCAUUCAGAUUUGUGACCACAAUACCAAUCAUAUUGGUAAAAAUGAGAGAGAGACUGAAGGACCAGUAUGCAGAUGUUGCUUUCAAGUAACAUUAACAUCCUCUUAUAUUUUGACACGCUUUUCUAUCCUAAAGGACAGCAGAUCAGAUCCAACAGAUACCGAUAAGUGCUGAUAUACAUUCUUUUAUGACCUACAGAAUUAUGAAGUUAGAUUUUUAUUGAUGCCUCUGACAUAAAUAUAUCAUGUUCUGAAAGCAUAGCCCAGCGUACACAACAAGGCGUGUUCGAGACAAUAACAGACAAUAACAGUUCAAGUAAAGCAGCAUUAGGAAGGGGAGUUUAUCAUAAAACAAGAAUGACCAACAGCUGAUCAGGACCAAUGUCAGUUUGAAUAACUAAAAAUUUAAUCAUAUGAAUAAAACUUGUGAUGAUAAUUGUAGCAAUAAAAGUCCAGUUUGGUGUUAAAAAUCACAAUAAUAUGACUGAUUUGAUUGAACAACCCACAAUAGCAGUCCACAUACAACUGUUUAACAAAAAAGAGAUUGUUUUUACAAACUUCAAGGACAGAAAAAAUUAUGCCAAUUUAGAUAAUAAUAAUAAUAAUAAUAGAUAAUAAUCAAUAAUCAUAUGCAUGUUUAGGUGUUUUUCUGGCUUUUUUCAGACCAGUCCAGUGCACAGGUUUGGCUCAGGGGUCGUGUAUUAUCGUGUAUCGUCUUGUUGAACAGUGUACUCCCAAGUGUUGCAGCAAGACUUACUGUGUUGUUACUCCAGCUCUGUGCACACUUUGCACAAGAUUCAUGUUGCUUUGGUGACCCAGCAACAGCAAUGCCAACCAUGACAUCAGCGGGGAGAGAGGGGAGACCUGUGGAAACUUGCAUGCUCUGUCACUGAGUCACUCUGUCUGAAAUCCAGCACUCAUAAACACAGUUAUUUCAUCAGAGCGGAGGACUCAGGCCCUGCUGAGAUCACACUUUACUGACUGAACAAAUGCCCUGCUGAUACAAACACCUGUAGGACUGCUGGCUGAUGCAGCUCUGCAGCUCAAGUAGAAAUUAGAGUGUUGAAAAUUGUCAUUACAGUCGCAGCUCAAAUAUGUGGUGUUACAUGCAGCUGAUUCUGCCAUAAUGCAAAAACACACUGUGCCUGUACUUAACACUGAAGAUGGUAUUCACUCAUCAAAUUGAACAGCAAGUAUCACUCAUCAGUCACACAGUAAUUUAAAAAAAAAAAAAAAAAACAAUGUUCAGUCCAGUCCUGUAUGUGUUUACUCAGGGUGCAGAGCAUUCAGCACCAGCUCGCACAGCUGGACAGUGAGAGCUGGUCUGGGCGAGCCGAGGCAGACAGAGACCGGGACUUCAUGCAGCUCCUGCGUGAGAAAGAGGCCCUCCUGCAGGAGAUCAUCCUGGUCAGCAAACAGCAGCAUCCUCCAGAGACGCUGCUGCAGCUGGAGGAGGAGCGCUGCAGGCUGGAGGAGGAGGUGCAGAGAGCCCAAAGCUCCCAGAGCCAGGGAGCCAAUCAGAGGUGAGAGGGAUGAAGGGUAAGCUGCUUCUGAGAUGAUAUCUGAAGUGAUGCAGUUUCAUUUAGCAGAUGCUUUUCACUAAAUUUGAGAGGAAGUGCAACAUAAGCAAAGAUGUAGACAAAGGGGGACAGCAUGACGGCAGUGCCUCAUACUGGACAGAGGUGCUGCCAUGUAGUGCUGGAGGCAAUGUUUUGGGAUUUUAAUUAUUUAUGUCAUCAUCAAAACAGUGAUCAAACAACAUAUCAUGAUCAUGAAGCCACAAUCUCAUUGUCAUGUCAUUAAAGUUCCACUCCAAUCGUUUUUUUUUUUACUACUUAAAGUGUUAUCAGUGUUUAAAUUGUGAUUCUGAAGUUUUUUAGCCAAAAUCACGUAACCUGUGUCAUUUUCAAGGACUUUUCUUCUGCAGAGCUCCAAUAGAUCAUGAGCAAUUUGCCUCCGAGUCGUGGGCAGAGACAGCGCUGCUCUGCACACUCCUCUUCAUGCUCGCUUGCAGCCUAACUUUGCCAGUGUGGUAGAAGUGGCAGGUAACAUGGUUCCCAGGACACAAAUGUCUUUGGGGACAUGAUGAAAGUUAAUAUGAUAGUUAGCUUUCUUACGAGCAUUGCAAUCCGCUUAAGCACACGCUUGUUCCACAAUUGUCCUCUCUACUUGUCUGAGUCUGGCCUGCAUAGCUGGUCUCCGGUGGCGACGCUUGGAUUUGCUAUGAAGGAGAUCUCACUGUGUCUGAACCUGCUGUUUGGGUCUGUCAGAGGUUAACAGCGAUUUGAAUGAAGAAAUAUUCAGAAAUUCAAUUUCACACUUCGUUUUCUCAUGAUAUGUACUAUAGCAUCAGAAAACGCCACAUAAACAUAUAAAAAAACAAAAAAAACGUGAUUUUCAUCGGAGUGGGUCUUUCAUGUCAUAAUCAUCAUCUUAAGCAGCAAACUACCAGGUGAUGAUUGUUGAUUGAGACCUGGAUGAAAGCUGGAUAUCUUUGUUGAUGCAUGUUUCUGAUGGCAGGAUUCUGCAGCAAGAGAAGAGAAAUGUUUUGUUGAGGCAGCUGGAGGAGGCGACUCGCAUCACCACCUACCUUCACUCCCAGCUGAAGAGGUGCAGCGCACAUUUUAAACUUGUAUUUUUUUUCUGCAGUGACCCCUGACAUGUUUUUCACAGUGUCUCACCUGUUUUACUCUCAGCUUGUCAGCGAGCUCCCUGACGGUGUCGUCCAGCAGCAGCCGUGGCUCUCUGGCCUCCAGCAGAGGCUCGCUGGCGUCCAGCAGAGGCUCCCUCAGCUCCAUCAGCUUCAGUGACAUCUACGGCGUUCCACAAUACGAGCGCCAUGAGGGUUCUGGGGAGCUGCUUGACCCACAUCUACGCUACUUGCUGCCUCUGGAGGCUGUGUCGAGAGACUGCUCCAUGUUCACUCCGGACCCCCUGAUCCAGAGCAAACCCAAACGCUCCCACGAUACCCCACAGUCUCUGGCCUCGCUCUCCUCCCGCUCCUCGCUCUCCUCUUUGUCACCGCCCAGCUCACCCAUGGACACUCCCUACCACUCAGCCCCUCAGGACUGUCCCCUCACCCAGAUGACAGAGGAGUACAUGGAGCAGGCAGGGCGCGGUCUGUUAGAGGGUCUACGGGCUCAGUCCCAGCCACUCGCACACACAGCCAUGUUGGGCAGUGAGGACACAGGGACCUCCAUCGCUGUGGGUCACAGAGACACUACUGCUCAGGGGGCUUUCACCUCGACAGGUAAGUGGAGGAGACCUGAUUUUGUCUCUUGAGAUAAAAAAAACCCACCUGACGAUCAACCUUGUGUGUUUUCUUCUGUAGGAGUGACUCUGAGGGGAAACAGCGCAAACAGGAGUGGCAGGAGGGCCAGGAGGGUCUCUGCAGGUGUUUCUGAGGAUGCUCUGGCCACAGACAGCGGCGUGUUCGAGGCCUGGGGCAGAAGGUGAGACGCGGUCGAUCUCCCAAAUAUGGAUGUCACAACCCAGCUGUCUGGAGCAAUGGCGCCUCCUUGUGACGUCUAAAAGACAUGCAACACAACAAGUGAUUUUAAAGGUUAAAUCCUUUAUGAAAAAAGAAUCGAAUGCUGCCACCCUGUGUCAACUCUGAAACCUUAAAAAGCACUCUUAUAAUCUGAAUCAACACAAAAAGGAGGAUCUUAAAGUAUGACUAUCUUUAUGUAUAUUUUUAGAUCUAAAUGUUUGGCUUUGAGGUCUAAGAACUUACCAAACCAUGAGGUUUGGAAUCAGUCUGAUGGAUUGCUUCAGUCCAGAGACACCCCAUCUUCAUACUUAGUGUGCACAGCUUUACGAUGCAGUCGAUUCACUCGUUGUGGUGGAUGUGGUGUUUGUUGCACCUCUGUUCUGUGUUUAAUCAAACAUCAUUCUAUCACACACCUGUGCUGCUUAGUUUGACAGUUGGUGUGAUGACAGUUGUUGUCGGCGCCAUAUAAUCUGGUCGCUGAGCCUUUCCAUAUUUCGUCCAUCAUUUCACAAAAACAUCUUUUUGUAGAUGCAAACAAAAGGCGAUCCUUUCCAUAACACAGAUGUCAUUAAUGGUAUCAGUCCACUCUGUAGUGGGGAUUUCAGGACAUAACCAGUAUCUAGUAAUAUCUUUCUUACAAGCGGAGUUCAAUAUGCCAAACGUUUAUUUAUCAUUUAUUCCUUUGUUAUAAUAUUUAUAUUUUCAGGGGCUAAUGCCCAGUAUGACGAGGGAAGCAUCAAAAAAUAAAGUUGAUGCCUAGUUUGUGACCCUGAUGACUGAUCUGGCUCAGAUCAAUCUGGAUUUGGUCCUGUGGCAGAGCAGCAAACACAGUUUUUAUAUGUUAAUAAAAGGGUCAUAUGUAGAGGGAGUUUCUGAACUUCUCUUGUAAUUUUAUUUCUUUCCUUUUUCUUCAACAGGGCCGAGGAGUCUGAUGAGAUUUCAUACAUGAAAGAGCUGACGUCUGUGAGUGAGCCCACUCAGAUCCAACUGGGACUUCUGUGAGUAAAUUGGUCAUGUGACUGUGGAAAGAAACUUUUUUUAAAUUAUUUUUUAGGGUUUAAAUCUUUAUCCUGCACUUUCUUCAUAGAUGGGAGUCAAAUUCUCAGUCUCUGCGACUUCAUCUGCUUCAGCUCAAGAACUUAAACAGGUCCAUUGUGAGAGACGGUUAUAAAGUGUGAGUAUCAGUGAUGCUGUAAGUGACAGUUUACUGUUUACACUGAUGCUGCUCUCAGUAUUUUCAUGCUGCUCUGCUCCUGCUCAGGUAUGUGAAGGUGCACCUGAUUCCACUGGACGCCGGCAGGGCCUGUGCGUUUUACUGUUGUACGGCUCUGGAGCCGCAGUCUCAGAUGAGUUUCAACGAAGGCUUUCGCAUUCCUGUCCCUGCAAACGCCCUGGCGGUGUGUGCGCUGCAGCUGUCCGUCUGCUCACUGGGACCUCAGGCUCAGGAGGAACUGCUGGUGGGUCUGAGAGGCUGAACGGUACCACAGAGAUGUUGACAGGUUUAUGUUUGUGUCUUAAUAAUAAGAUUUUCUGCAGGGUACAGCCCAGCUGAGCCUGGCUGAGUGUGAGGGGAGUGCAGAGAUGGUUUACCACUGGCUGAGGGUGCAGCUGCUGAGCGGGCCGGAGUUAAACCGAACUGAACAGAAGAGCUUCAGUCAUCGAAGACACCAAGACAGCCAGGAGGACGAGCAAAGACAUAGAGCCUCAGUAAGCACAAAGACACGUGUUCAGUACCUGUUUCACGGGGAUUUAAAGGGAUAUUUUAGUGUAAAUUUAAGUCGCUGUCAAUAACACUGUAACACCGAGUUAGGCACCCUCUCCAGAGAUGAACUAACUUUGUUAAUGUGCGCAGGAUAGCAAUACACAGCGGUCUAUGUCUCCAUGCACAACCCUUAACCAAAAAGCCACUCAAAGGCCACAAAUAAUGCUCAGGGUCCUAGCCAUAGUACUAGCCAUCAAACAUCUUUUCAGCUUUGCCUGGUUUCUUCAGCAAAGAGACCAAACACAACUCACCUACUCUCCUCCAGCGACCGCUUGUCUGUGGGGGAGCCCUGACCAGGCGAUCACCGAGUGCAAUGGAAAAUUUACUUCAUGGAAAUGCAAUCGGACCGAGACGCGAAGGCAGAAGAACUACCACAUCUGCAGUGCACAUACAAGAUUCACAAGAACUAAUGUCAUUUCAGUGAAGUAAUAAUUAUAAAUGUUCUUCCUUGAGCUGCGAAACCCCGCUGCACUCGGUGACCGUCUGGCUUUGGUUGCGGUUUGUGUGUAGAUACAUAGACCGCUGUGUAUUGCUGUCGUACGGUCGUUACUAAAGUUGGUAUUACUAGAGAAGCAAGCUGUCGGCAACAUUCAUCUCUCAAGGGGGUGUCUAACUCGGUGUUACAGUGUGUUUGACCCUAAUUUAAAUUUAUGCCAGAAUAUCCCUUUAAAACCUCCUCAGGGGAACUUUAAAGUGUUUUUUUUGUUGUUUUUGUCUGAGAGUUUCUUGAAAUUGAUUUUUGUUUUUUAAUCAUCAUUCUGCAGAUUAUCUUAUGACCUGUCUGCUUUACGUUGCCUCCUUUGUGAAGCAAUAUGUAAAUUCAGAAAGAUUAAAAGGUUAAAGAGACACAGAGCUCUUGAGGAUUUCUGCAGGAUCAAACAGUGAUUGUGUAACAAAUGUUUCUCCUCUCUCUGUAAUCGUCUUGUGACUGCUCAGCAAGGAAUGAAAACCAUGCAGAGGGUUCGGCUGAUCAGGAGAGAGUGAUGAGAUAAUGUGGACCUGAGUCAGGACAUGUCAGGACUUGAAAGGGGAGAGUCCUGAAAUGCAUCCUCCUGCUAGAACAAUACUGUAGGGAUUAGCAACAACCAAUCAGCUGUUCUGAAAUGAUUGAAGUGAGGCCUCUGCAGAAUAGUUUUCAGGCCUCAGUGUGCAGGCAGCCAGGCACACAGCUCGCUCAAGAGACUGUUUGACAGGAAUGUGUCUCACAGGACAAACAGGCUGAGGAGGAAUGUUGACAAUGUGAGUGAGGAUGUGAUCGUUUGCUCUGUGACAUUACAGGAUACUGUAUGCACUGUGCUGUCACGCACCACCAACACCAGCACCACCUCCACCCACCUGGAGGAGCGGGAGGCUGAGCUGGAGAAGAAGGAUGAGCCUGUGGAGGUGGCGUCUGAGAGGUGAUCAUAUUUUAAUGUUUUACUUUUUUAGAAAAGUACGGAAGCGUAUUGCAUUCACUCCCCCUCCCCUUAAACAGAAAAAAGCUCUGUUUUUCAGAGGUUUUUUUUUUUACAUGUGUCAGAGUAAUUCUUUUUCUUUUCUGUUUUUCAGACUGUUUUCUUUUUGGUUUUGUUUUUCAGACUAAUUGUUUAUCCUCUUCUCUGGGAUCACAAUCAUUUAAAAACAGAAGCUUUUAUCCCCCUCUGCUCGAUUUAUUGGAAGCAAACAUGGCCCCCUUGUUUAGUGUAAUCAAUUUUUACUUUCUUUUGCAUACCCAGUGUUUAACUAAUAACAUGCUUUAAUCUUAUUGACCCCGGCGUUGGAGUUAUCUAGGAGCGGGAGAAUCCACUGAUUUGGAGUAACUGCAGUGGUUAACGUCAUCUGAUUGUGUGAGGAUUCUCACAGGAUUUUGAAAUACCUCGUUUAGUCACGGUAAAAAAAUACUCAGAAAAACAGAAAGAUGAAAAAAAAAUGUAACAAAGAAAGAGAAAGAGGGGGAAAAAUAUUAGUGCAAAUAACAGAAGAAGAAAAAUAGUCCGAAAAACAGAAUACAAAUUUGUCCUAAAGACAGAAAGAGGGGGAAAAAUAUUAGUACAAAAAACACAGAAGAAAAAUAUUGUCAGAAAAAAAGAAAGAUGAAAAAUACAAUAGUACGAAAAACAGAUUUUUUUCCGAAAAACAGAAAUAGGGGGAAAAAUAUUAGUGCGAAAACAGAAGACAAAAAUUGCCCGAAAAACAGAAAGAUGGAAAAAAAAUGGUACAAAAAAAAGAAUAAAAAUUUGUCCCAAAAACAGAGGGGAAAAAAUUUAGUAUAAAAAAACAGGAGAAAAAUUGUCAGAAAAACAGAGAGAAGAAAAAAAAUAGUUCAAAACAGCAAAAAAUCAAAGAAAAAAAAUUACUCAAUAAAACCGUUUCCAUUUUUUUUGUAAGUGAAUGCACACUUCUGUAUGAAAGUGCUUCUUUUUGCCUGUUUCAUGUGUUGAAAAUGACAGGGGGUUUGUGGUUGCAGGAGUUGGCAGGCAGAGUCGGUGGACAGCGGCUGCAGCAACAGCACUGCAUUCACAGCUGCAUGCUCAGAGGGCCUGUGUGCAGAGGGCAUCUGCAACACCACCGGGGGGCGCUGUGAUCAGAUAGAAAGCAAAGUCUCUACAGUGAAGGUAAAAAUCUCCUCUCCUCACCAAAUUUAAACCAACUAUGUACUUAAACAGAGAGCUUCACUACCCCUCAAUUCUACAAAUAUGAUAAGACAUCGUAAGCUCUGUGAGGACAUGCAGAACUGAAAGGAGGGAUGGGGAACAAAAGUAUUAUUUCUUUACCUGAGAAUCCUCGAGGAGAGAGCAGAACUCCAACUCCAACAUGUGUGAGCCUGGACUGAAGAUGUAUUUGAGUUGGUGUUAAUAUGUGCUGCAGGUGGAGAAGGCCACCAUGACUGAAGGUCUGUUCCCAGAGCUGGUGCGAGUCCGGGCCAAAGAGAGAGGUGGUCGCUGGGGUCAUGCCUCGCCGUUCAUGCGAGGCAGCACCAUCGUUCGCUCUCAGACCUUCUCUCCUGGCGCGAGGAGUCAGUAUGUCUGCAGGGUGAGUCUUUGCAAAAAUGCUCUAAAAAAAGUCUGCAUUUUAUGUGAACAUUUGCUAACAUUUCGUGAAUGUUUUUCUGUCAGUUGUAUCGUAGCGACAGCGACAGCUCGACUCUACCAAAGAAAACCCCCUUUGUCAGGAACACGUUGGAAAGAAGAACGUUGCGGUAUAAACAGGUAAAGCCUUUUCAUUUUCUGUAGUAUUCAUGAUUGAAAAUGUUUGGUAUCAUGUUUCUGAGAUGAGGCCGAUGAUAUGGCCUCAAAUCAAUAUCAUGACAUUUUGAGCAGUUCACCUCAAUAAUGAUAAAUGGACGAUAACUGCUCCACAAGAUGCUCACCUCCUCAAACAAUUAUUUGGUCUACUUCAACUGCUGCUCCAGCCGCUACAACUUUUGAACCGUCCUCCAUCUCCUCACCUGUCUUUUCCUCUGUAUUACGGACUGGAUGGGUUGGAGUCAAAUCUCUGACGUAGUACAGCAUCGUAAAGGGACAUAAGACACACAUCCAAAACCAACUUUUAUUUAUUUAUUUAUUUUUACACCAAAUGACAUGGACAAAAUGAUGUUGGUUAUUGGAGUACAUUUUGGUAUCAGUAUAUUUAUUUUUGGUUUAUCGCCCAGCCCUAUUCUGAGAUGUUUGUGUCUGUGUUUGUGUGAGCAGCAGUCGUACCGCUCCUCCUUGGCCGAGCAGCCGACGCGUACCUCCCUGGACCUGGAGCUGGAUCUCCAAGCCUGUAGGACGCGUCAGAGGCAGCUGAUGGAAGAGCUGAGUGCCCUGAGGGAGCUGAAGCUGAGACUCGAGGAGCCACAUGUCAGGGAGGACACAGAGCUCCCUCACUGGGCCCUGAGGGACGAACGUUUCCGCUGCCUGCUCCGAGAGGCCCAGAGACAGGUGAGUGUCCCAGCCAGCGAUGAGUCACCUGAAGUGAGGCCUCACCCAGCUUAGGUUAACUCCUUUGUUUUAUUGCUGCAGGCUGGUCAGAGUAAGCAGGAGCAGCGUCAGGAGGAGGCGGCAGAGAGGAGGCUGAGGAAGGCCUCCAAAGAGGUUCUGAAGAUGAGGGGGCAGAGCCAGAAGGAGCCCCUGCCCGUGCAGACAUUCAGGUGAUUCUGAUCAGCUUUUAAUAUAACACUGGAGAUGUGAAAAAAAUCAGAGUAAUGGAGGUUGAAGCAUUUUUGAUUGAGUAAUGGGGAAUAUGAGCCUAAUGUCAAGUCUCUUUUUACCACAGUGGAGUUAAAAAGUAAUUUUAAAGCUAAAAUUCAAACUUAAUUUUAACUCCUAAUGAUGGAGUAACACCUUCAAAGAUGUAACAGUGCCUCACCAGAUAGUUGAAAAUCAGACACAGUAGGAAUCACUGGAUGAUGAAAAAUUGGUAUUUAUACCCAUUUUUUAUUGACCGCUCAUGUUAGAUUUGGAAACACCUCUGAAGGGAGAAGCUCAGAAGUUUCUCGUGCUCCCUGCCAUUAUAGCAUUUUUUCUUUCAGUUAAUACAGGAUUUCCACCUGCUAUUAGUGAUCUACUGAAUAAUUCCUAUCCGCCCAUCACAUCUGGGUGGCAAGUAGUGUCUCCACACCUGCUCAUAAUAUAACAGAGAGAUCUACAGGACAAGAUUUAGACGUCUUGAGGGCUUGUCCUUCUCCAGGGUGGCUGAUACAUCAAACAUUUUUCACAGUUAUUGUCAUUUAUAAAAAUUUACCUUUUGUGUCCUCUCAAAAUAAAGGCACAUUUGUCAUCAAAAUAGGAGACAAAGUCAACUUUGUGUAAGGCAGAAAUGUUGUUUUUUUUCUGCCUUUACACCAGCGUGUGCUUUUCACCUUUUUUCAGCAACUAUUUGAAAUAAUUCCGUCCAUGGCAGCUGAACACACCAGUCUGACACUUUUAGCAGGAGAAAGGAGUUGCAUAAACUACAGAGCAAAGCACCACCAUAAAGCCCAACAGGGGUUUCCUACACACACAGUUUCUGUUUACAUGACCUGUUUUUAAACACACAGCACUGCAAUAUCUUGGGACAUGUGACAGCUCAGGUGACUUCAGACUUAACAGCCUUUUGAAGGUUGUUUUUUUUGUGUGUAUUUUCACCUCCUUAAGAUUGUCAAAAACAGUACCACCACCAUGACUUCAUAUUGUGAAGGGCGCAGUAUGUGCACUUUAUAUUAUUGAAGGUUUAUGCCAAGAUAUUGUAGCUUCAAGUUUUAAAAACUACUGCAGUGAAACAACUCCUACAUUUCUGUUUUUGGAGGUUUUUCAUGGAGCAGGUUAUCUCUAGAGUUCGUUGAUUUCAGCCUCGUGAUUGGUCCACUGACAAAGAGGUGGUGCAGUGUAAACUGUUAGGUGGCCAAUGUCAACCUGGUUUUCAGUUUUUCCACAAUAAUUGAAUUUCUUACCGACACACAAAGAUCCACAUAUGCACUCUCCAGGAGCUCCAGUUCAGUUGCUCUUUGUUUCAUACAAGUCCUGUAUGUGGAAACUUUUGCUCUAUGCAUUGAUACAGCACAUCUCAAUAUGCCAACCAGAGGACGUCUGGUAAGCUGCAUCUGUAAUCUUAGCUGGUAGGUGGGGUGCUUAAAAACUUGAAUUUAAACUAUUUCAAAGAUGGUGCAAGUCUGUUUGACACAAAAUGCAUAUCACUUUUGACUUUCCAACAGAGCCGUCUCUAAGUUUCUAGAGUGAAAUGUGUCAUUUAGAAGUGCAGUGGUGUCCUUUUUUCCCCUCACGGCAGCAGCAAUAGCAGUUGACAGUAGUGUGCAAAAGAGGACAAAACAGGCAGGGGAUUAAAAAAUAUCACUGACAGCUUUAAAUCAUGAAGACAAAGAAUAAAAUAGUUUCCAGCUGAGCAGCUUCAGGUGCUGAUUUUAGUUUCUUUCUGUUAAAUGUCUGUUAUAUUGUCUCUAAAACUGCUUUUCUGUGAAAGGAGCAAAAUCCUGAUGACUUGUAACUUAUUGCAAACUUCUCCACCUUUAAAACACCGGUUAUUUAAGCAAGAAACUUAUCACACCACAUGUUGGUGAGUUGGUUUCUUGGCACAGCCAUAUGGGUUUGAUACCCCGGUUGCCCGUUGCUGCCUCUCCUUUUUCUGCCUGUCCUUUUCUGUUGUUGGUAUCUCUGUGUGAUUAAGACAAAGAUGGGAUGAACUGGUAUUUGAUUUCAUAACAGUGGAGUAGUGAUUGUUAUAUUUAAAAGGUAAGACUGUUGAUUUCUUUGCCAUUCUUUGAGUACAAAUUCUGGACUCAAGGGAAAGAUUGAGUCCAGCUCUUGAAAACUGACUAAGAAUUGUUUGUAGGUGGAAAGAUUGUUUCAUUUUCGUUUCUGCCCGAGCAUCCAUAUUCUGCAUUUCCUACAGAGAUUUGUGUUCAUGUCUUCUCUCUGUUCAGCAGCAGGUGGAGGCAUGUAAUAAUGCAUUUUAUUUCUCAUCAUAGAGCAGGAUGAAAGGCUUUCAUUCAGAGAUUUAAUGUGUGAUGUUUGUUUUUCUACAGAGAGAAGAUGGCCUUUUUCACCAGACCAAGGUUCAACAUACCUCCUCUGCCAGCCGACGACGUAUGAGAGCUUCCCCUCUGUGACUAAACAUGAAGUAUUUGUGGAAUAUUCUAAGCUCAUGAAGUACAAAGUUCUUUCUACCACGGACGCAGGCAGGAUGGCAAACAGAUCCGAAUGUUUCACCUUUUCAGAAGAAGUCUGAGCGGCUUUUUUGAACUAGAACACGCUUCAGAAACAGUUACCGACAGCCGCUCAGACUCAGCGUUUCUCUCCUCCUCCUGUCUGUUCUGUUUGUGCUUACAAAAAGCUGGAAGACGGGAACAAAAGUUGGACAAAUUCACUGUACUGUAACUUAUUUUAUAGUACUUUUUCCUUGAAGGAAAUUUAAAAACGCUUCCUGCUUUUUAAGUGUAUUUUGUAGCUUUGAACAAAUAGCACUUCAAUGUUUUUACAUACAGUUAAAUGGAACUGAUUUGUUUUCUGUUACCUAAUUCUUAAGAGUUAUUUACAUCAAAUGUCACUUUGUAAUCCACUUUUAUUACAGAUGUUGUUGUCCUUUUGUUGUUAUGUUAUUAAAAUUAAUAUUAUUUCAUGUACUUUUCAAUAUAAGGAUGAAUAUAUGAACACUGUAUUCAGAUUGUUUUUUAUGAUGUCUGUAUCUGCAGUGUUACCUCUCGUGAAGAUAAAACCAUUAAACCACAUCUCGGCGUUUUAAUCA